CUGAUCAGGAUUGUGAUGGUGGGGAAGACUGGAGCUGGGAAGAGCGCCUCAGGAAACACCAUUCUGGGACAAAAGUGCUUUAAAUCUGAGUUCUCUACUAAAUCUGUGACAAAGCACUGUGAAAAGGCUUUUAGCGAGGUGGAUAGACAUAAGGUAGCUGUUAUUGACACUCCUGACCUGUUUGACACCAACAACACUGAAGAGGAAACAGAUAAAGAUCUUGUCCAGAGCAUUGCUUAUGCUUCUCCUGGACCUCAUAUCUUCCUGAUCAUCAUCAAACUGGACAGAUUCACAGAGGAAGAAAAGCAAACAGUGCAGAAGAUUCAGGAAAUCUUUGGUGAGGAAGCUGACAAAUACAGCAUGGUUCUCUUUACCCAUGGUGACCAGCUCAAAGGGAAACCUAUCGAGGAGUUAUUGAAGGAAAGUGAAGAUCUGCAGGAACUUGUGAACAAAUGUAACAGCCAGUAUCACGUGUUCAAUAAUGAGGUGAAGGAUCGUUCUCAGGUCAGCGAGCUGCUCAAGAAGAUAAAAAAAAUAAAUGAACAGAAUAGAGGACACUUUGAUACCACCAAAAUUUUGCAAAUGGCAGAGAGAAUGAUUGAAGAGGAGAAACCACAAAUCCUGAAAGACAAAGAAGAGCAAAACCACAAAGAACUGGAAAAGGAACAGAAACAGCAGAGUAAAGAGUUUCCUGUUCCUUCAGCCUCCAGGUCUACACCUCCCACAGUCUAUACAAAUGAGAUGAUCAGGAUUGUGAUGGUGGGGAAGACUGGAGCUGGGAAGAGCGCCUCAGGAAACACCAUUCUGGGAAAAAAGCGCUUUAAAUCUGAAUUAUCCCCUAAAUCUUUGACUACAGACUGUGAAAAGGCUGUUGGUGAGGUGGAUGGACAAAAAGUUGCUGUUAUCGACACUCCAGGUCUGUUUGACACCGAUAACAUUGAAGAGGAAACAAUUAAAGAUAUUUUUCAGUGCAUUACUUAUGCUUCACCUGGACCUAAUAUCUUCCUGAUCGUCAUCAAACUGGGCAGAUUCACAGAGGAAGAAAACCAAACAGUGCAGAAGAUUCAGAAAGUCUUUGGUGAGGAAGCCAACAAAUACAGCAUGGUUCUCUUUACCAAUGGUGACCUGCUCAAAGGGAAACCUAUCAAGGAGUUCUUGAAGCACAGUGUAGAUCUGAAGGAACUUGUGAACAAAUGUAACGGCCAGUAUCACGUUUUCAAUAAUGAGGUGAAGGAUCGUUCUCAGGUCAGGAAGCUGCUCGAGAAGAUUAAAAAAAUAAAUGAACAGAACGGAGGAAGCUACUACACCACUGAAAUGUUCCAAAAGGUAGAAAGAGAGAUUGAAAAGGAGAAACAACGAAUCCUGAAAGAAAAAGAAGAGGAACAUCGCAAAGAGCUGGAGGAACUGAUUAAGAAAAUGAAGGAAAAAUUUGACCAACAGAUGAAGGAGGAGAAGGCUGAUAAGGAGAGGGAGAAUACGUUGAGGGAUGCUCGUGAAAAAGAGAUGAUGGAGGAAAUAGAAAAACUGAAAAAAGUACAGGGAGGGCAGGCCAGACGAGAAGCUGAGGAGAGGCCCUCAUUAAUCCAAAGGUUACGUAAGAGUGCUGAAGAAGCUGUUAAAAAUGUUCGAGUACAUUUAGCAUUUCCUAGAAAGGUGUAA